CGUCGCACUGCGGGGACGCUCACUUCCGUUGAAAUAUCUUCCCGCCCAAGUGAGCACGGAAGGAGCAGUGCCGGGCGCCUUGUAUCCGCAGUAGUCGAUCAAGUUCACUGUAAUCAAGCAGUUCGUGCAAACAGCCAAGAGAAAAAAAUGGUCCUUCAAAUCGUCGAGAGCAAGGAGGACUUCGAAAAGAAGCUGGAAGAGGCCGGCGACAAGCUCGUGGUGGUGGACUUCUUUGCCACGUGGUGCGGCCCUUGCAAGAUGGUGGAGCCCUUCCUGAAGCAACAGUCCGAAAUUCUCAAGGAUGUUGUCAUCUUCCUCAAGGUUGAUGUGGACGAGAAUGAAGAGAUUACGCAGGAGUACGAGAUUGCGUGCAUGCCAACCUUCCUCUUCAUCAAGAACAAAACCAAGUUGGACGAAAUCUCCGGAGCCAACGAAGAGUCCAUCAAGGAAAUGUUGGACAAGCACAAGUAACCCUCCCGACGACCUUCGUCAAAAUUCCUUUCUACGCUGUUCUCGUUUACGCGCAAAUUCUAAAGCCGCACUCAAGCCUCGCUGCCGUCCACGCGCCGUCGCCUUCAAGGCGCGUCUUCUGGUCAACCGCCUUAGUCGUGUUUGUGGCUUCUUACCCCACAAUGCAUUUAGUUGUUUUUGUUUGUUUGUUUUCUUUGUCAGACGUUGCUCGUUGCCUAGUGAUUUUUCUCCGCUUGGCUCGUGCUAUGCGUUGUUGUCGUGAUCAAGGUAGCAAACAGUAGCAAGCAUACGAUUACUACCGCUCGCACACGGUUGUGCAGACAGUACGUGCGACGGAAAUGGAACCUGCAACUCACCGGCACCCGUUGUAAAGAAUGCCUGCCGCGUUUUGGAGUCGUCAUUCUCACCAUUCAGAUGACAUUUGUUUUGUUUUUGUUCUGGACUUUUAGCUGGGCUAUGAUGCAUUGAGGGAGCAAACCGAUUAACAGCAUUGUUAUUAAAUAGCAGUUUGUGCUCUU